CCUGCUCGCAGCUCAACAUCCAGCGCAUAGACCCGCUGGUGACGCCCGGAGCCGUGCCGUCGCCGCAUCUGCACCAGAUCGUGGGCGGGAACGCGCUGGCGCCCAGCAUGGACCCGUCGCUGAACAUGUCGGCGGAGGCGACGUGCACGACGUGCACCUUCACCGAGGACUUCUCCAACUACUGGACAGCCGUGCUUUUCUUCCGGCAUCGCAACGGCUCGUUCCACCGGGUGCCGCUGAUGGAGAACCUGGGGCUCGAAGGGCAGCGCGGCGGCAUGACGGUGUACUACACGGCGCCGUACGACAAGAAGACCAGGGUCACGGCCUUCAGGCCCGGGUUCCGCAUGCUCGUCGGCGACCCCAUGUACCGGCGGCCCAGCCCCGACGCGGACGAGUUCAAGAGCAUCGCCUUCCGCUGCUUCACUACGCCGUGGGGGCCCGCCCCGGCCAACUCGGAGAUUGGUGGCGUCUACGACACGCGCGCCUUCCCCGCCGUGCCCUGCCCCUACGGCCUGCGCAUCAACAACUUCUUCCCCACGUGCUGGGACGGCGUCAACGUCGACAGCCCCGACCACAAGAGCCACGUCGCGUACCCGGCCACGGGCACCUUUGAGACGGAGGGCGCGUGUCCGCCGAGCCACCCCGUGCGGCUGCCGCAGAUCCUGUACGAGACCAUCUGGAACACGUCGGCGUUCAACGACGUGUCGACGUGGCCGGCCGACGGCAGCCAGCCGUUCGUCUUCAGCACGGGCGACGAGACGGGCUACGGCUGGCACGGCGACUACCUAUUUGGCUGGAAGGGCGACGCGCUGCAGCGCGCCAUGGACGAGUAUUGCGGUGUUGACUGCCCCGGGCUGGCCAAGCAGAGCAUCAAGCAGGCGAACCAGUGCACCAAGGCCCCCGUCGUCGCCGAGCAGAUCGACGGCUGGCUCCCUACGCUGCCCGGCAACCCGCCGCUCUCUCGGUAGUGUGGCAGUUGGGUCGGCAGACUGGCAGCAUCGGUGACGGUGUUUUUAGCUACUGAAUCGUUCAAGUAGUCUGAUGGACACGGCUGGAGCAACGAGACAC